AUGGCUAAAGGUGCUGUGACCAAACUGAAGUUCAACUUGCCUAUAAUAUCCACUUCGGAGCAGCUGAUUUCGACUAACGAAUUAUUGGAUCGUUUAAAGGCUCUGCAUGAAGAAUUGGCUGCACUGGGUCAGGACAAUACAGAUUUAACUGGAUUAGACGAGUAUAGAGACUCUUUGGUCAAUAGAAAACUAUUGAGGCAUAAAGAUGUGGGGAUUCGCGCAUUUACCGCGUGUUGCCUCAGUGAUAUCUUGAGAUUAUAUGCUCCAGAUGCACCUUAUACGGAUUCUCAACUGACGGAUAUUUUCAAGCUUUUACUCUCACAAUUUGAACAACUGGGUGAUCAAGAAAAUGGCUACCACAUUCAACAAACUUAUUUAAUCACCAAGCUGCUUGAAUAUAGAUCAAUUGUACUAAUAGCUGAUUUGCCCAGUUCAAAUAAUUUGCUUAUCGAACUAUUUCAUAUUUUUUACGACCCUAAUAAAAGCUUCCCCAAAAGGCUAUACAAGGUUAUUGGUAAUAUUCUGGGCGAAGUCAUCUCUGAAUUUGAUUCUGUCCCAUUAGAAGUACUGAAACUGAUUUUUAAUAAAUUUUUGACCUAUAAUCCGAAAGAGUUUCCUGAAGGUUUGAAUGUCACUUCCGAUUGUGGCUACGAGGUUAGUUUGAUUUUAUGUGAUGCCUAUUCCAAUAGAAUGAGUAGGCACCUGACUAAAUACUACUCAGAGAUUAUUCAUGAAGCAAGCAAUGGUGAUAAUAGUUCCAGACUACUUAAUGUAGUAAUAAAAUUACACAAACUGGUGUUAAGACUUUGGGAAACUGCUCCCGAGUUAAUCAAUGCCGUAAUCGGAUUUAUCUAUCAUGAAUUAUCCUCAGAUAACGAAUUAUUCAGAAAAGAAGCUACCAAACUAGUUGGUCAAAUAGUUACAUCGGACUCAGACUUAAACUUUAUCUCCACCCAUUCCGAUACUUUCAAGACAUGGAUUUCCAAAAUCGCUGAUAUUAGUCCCGAUGUUAGAGUCCAAUGGACGGAGUCGAUUCCCAACAUUAUAAGUACAAGAGAUGAUAUUUCGGGGGAACUAAACCAAGCCCUGGCAAAAACCUUUAUUGAUUCAGAUCCUCGUGUACGUAGGGCCUCCGUUAUGAUCUUUAAUGAAGUUCCUACUACUGAAAUUUGGAAAAAUAUUACCAAUAAGGCCAUCUAUACAUCUUUACUGCACUUGGCCCGAGAAAAACAUAAGGAGGUCAGAGAGCUCUGUAUUAACACUAUGGCUAGGUUUUAUUCAGAUUCAUUGAAUGAAAUCAAAAGGACUCUCCAAAAUAAGGAAAUUUGGGAAAUCAUAGAUACCAUACCAUCCACGUUGUACAACCUCUAUUAUAUCAAUGACUUGAACAUCAACGAACAAGUCGACAAUGUAAUCUUUGAAUAUCUGCUGCCCUUUGAAUCAAGUAACAAUGAAAGAGUCCACAGGUUACUAAAAAUUUUAUCACAUUUCGAUAAGAAGGCAUUUACUUCAUUUUAUGCAUUUAAUGCAAGACAAACUAAAAUAUCUUUUGCCAUAUCCAAAUACAUUGAAUUUAGCAAAUAUCUAAAUAAUCAGGAAAACGCGAACUCGUCUCAAGGUCCUUUGAUAGCAAACAAAUACAAUCAAACCAUUCAAUGGUUGGCUUCUGGUCUUUCUGAUUCUACAAAGGCCAUCGAUGCUCUUGAAACCAUAAAACAAUUUAAUGAUGAUAGAAUUUUCUAUCUGUUAAAUACGUGCAUUACCAACGAUACCCCAUUUCCCACGUUAAAAAAUUCUUUUAACGAAUUGAUCAAUAAAUUACAAACACCGGGAUUGUUCAAGAAGUAUAAUAUAUCUACGGGUGCUUCUAUUAUGCCGCGUGAUAUUGCGAAGGUAAUUCGAAUUUUACUUUUCAGAGCCUCGCCAAUAAUCUAUAAUGUGUCCAACAUCGGCGUCUUGCUAAACUUAUCCAAUAACUCCGAUCCUAAGCAGUUAGAUUUGAAGAGAAGAAUUUUAGAUGACAUAUCAAAAGUUAGCCCAACCCUGUUUAAAGAUCAAAUUAGAACGUUGAAAACUAUUAUCAAAGAUUUAGAUGAUCCAGAUGCAGAAAACAAUGAUACUUUAUCAUUAGAAGAGGCCUUGAAAACGCUAUACAAGGCUUCCAAGACAUUAAAGGACCAGGUUGAUUUUGAAGAUACAUUUUUUUUCACUAAAUUGUAUGAUUUUGCAAUUGAGGGUAAACCAGAAAUAGCUAAAUACUCCGCAAAACUAAUUGCUCUGUCACCAAAAGCAGAAGAAACUCUAAGAAAGAUAAAAAUACGUAUUUUACCUUUAGAUCUGAAAAAGGACAACCAUUUUACGUCCCAUAUUAUUGUUCUUAUGGAAAUUUUUAAGAGCUUUCCUCACAUUCUAAAUGAUGAUUCCACUGAUAUCAUAUCGUACUUAAUUAAAGAAGUUCUAUUAUCGAACCAAGUCGUUGGUGAUUCAAAAAAGGAGGUUGACUGGAUUAAAGAUUCCUACUUAAAUGAGACAAAAUAUUCUGCAGUAAGUAACAAAAUAUUCACUUUGAAGUUAUUCACUAACAAAUUAAGAUCGAUUGCCGCCGAUGUUCCUCGAGAUGAACUCGCAGAGAGCUUUACUGAAAAAACCAUGAAGUUAUUCUUUUAUUUAAUUGCAAGCGGCGGCGAGUUGAUUUCCGAAUUUAAUAAGGAAUUUUAUCCCACUCCAAGUAAUUAUCAAACUAAAUUGAGAUGUGUGGCGGGAAUUCAAGUUUUGAAAUUAGCCAGAAUUUCAAAUUUGAAUAACUUUAUUAAACCUUCUGACACUAUUAAACUGAUUAAUUUGGUUGAAGAUGAAUCACUGCCAGUAAGGAAAACAUUUUUAGAGCAAUUGAAGGAUUAUGUAGCUAAUGAAUUAAUAUCCAUCAAGUUUCUGCCAUUGAUUUUCUUUACUGCUUAUGAACCAGAUAUCGAAUUGAAAACCACAACCAAGAUAUGGAUAAACUUUACAUUUGGUUUGAAGUCAUUUAAGAAGGGAACAAUUUUUGAAAGGGUAUUACCAAGAUUAAUACAUGCAAUUGCUCAUCAUCCUGAUAUAGCCGAAGGUUUAGAUUCCGAAGGUGACGCAUAUCUAAAUGCUUUGACAACUGCGAUCGAUUAUUUGUUGUUUUAUUUUGAUUCUAUCGCUGCUCAAGAGAACUUCAGUUUGUUAUAUUAUUUAUCAGAAAGGGUGAAAAAUUAUCAAGAUAAACUAGUCGAAGACGAAGCAAAUGAAGAUGGAAAGAUGGAAAAUGAAGAAGGGCCAAAGAAGUGUAGACCUCGCGGUGAGAGAAUGUAUAUUAUCGGAGAAUUGUCGCAGAUGAUUUUAUUGAACUUAAAAGAAAAGAAAAAUUGGCAACAUUCAGCGUACCCUGGUAAAUUGAACUUGCCAUCGGAUUUAUUUAAACCCUUUGCCACUGUUCAGGAAGCACAAUCAUCAUUUAAGACAUAUUUACCAGAGGACGCAACUGAAAAAAUACAGAAUAAUAUAAGGGCAAAGAUCGGACGCAUCCUUCAUACAUCACAAACGCAAAGACAGAGGCUACAGAAAAGGUUACUGGCUCAAGAAAACAGCGAAUCACGAAAGAGAAAAAAAAGAGUUCACCCUGUGAAACCAAAAUUCAACGAUGAAGAAAGUGAUGAAAGAGGUGAAUUGGGUAGCGAUGAUGAUAGUUAUUCACCUUCUAACAAGGAUGAAAAGAGGAAAAUAUAUGAGGACGCUAUAAAAAAAAAAUUGAGGGUAAGAAAAGAAGUUGACUACAAAGAUGAUGAGGAGGAUGAUAUAGAGAUGAUUUGA